AAAGAGAGUAAAGUUAUUUUGUGCCAGGAAAAAUAAAAUGCUGGGUGCCUCAUGGCGUUUCAGAACCUGAUUUCAAAAGGAUCAUACAGCUAGAAAAUAAAAUUUAGCAUGGUGGACCGUUCUACAGGAUAUAUUUGUCAAUGGAAUUUUUCCAUAAUCAUACCACUAACAUGAGAAAAAAAAUGAUUGUUAUUGAAACUUGAUAAAAUUCCAAAGACUAUCUUUUCUCUUCUCAUUUUAGAGAAAAAUGAGCAGACGGAAUUGUUGGAUUUGCAAGAUGUGCAGAGAUGAAUCUAAGAGACUUCCUUCAAACAUUACUUUGGAGGAAGUAUUACAAUGGGGCCAGUCUUUUGAAAAGCUGAUGGCUACAAAAUAUGGUCCAGUAGUCUACGCAGCGUACUUAAAGAUGGAGCACAGUGACGAGAAUAUUAAAUUCUGGAUGGCAUGUGAAACCUAUAAGAAAAUUGCCUCACGACGGAGCAGAAUUUCUAGGGCAAAAAAGCUUUAUAAGAUUUACAUCCAGCCACAGUCCCCUAGAGAGAUUAACAUUGACAGUUCAACAAGAGAAAAUAUCACCAGGAAUAUUCAAGAACCCACUCAAACUUGCUUUGAAGAGGCUCAAAGGAUAGUGUAUGUGCACAUGGAAAGGGAUUCCUAUCCCAGAUUUGUAAAGUCAGAAAUGUACCAGAAACUUUUGAAGACUAUUCAGCCCAACAAUUCCUAAAUACCACUCAAAGGUUUAAAUUGAAGAUGGUGUUUUGAAAGUGCUGGCUUUGUUGUUUUAACACACACACACAAUCAGAAAUAGAAUAGGAAUGAAAUAGAAGAAAACAAACUACAAAUUAAUUUCUUCUAGUUCUCAAAGAGAAACAGAUCCCCAAAGGGAUGGGCUCUAGAAUAGUUAUAACAUGAAAAACACAAUUUAUGGCAUGCCUAUGUAGCUCAGUUAAAAUAUAAGAAAAAGGAAGGUCUUCAUGACACCAAUAUUAGAAAGUUUUUACUGCAGUAGUCAACUAAUGGAUGUUUUCUUAUUAAUGAAAUUUUGCUGUCAUAAUGCACAGAUCAGUUCUUUAAAAACAGUAGCUAUAUAAGUUGUCUCUAGUAUGAGUGUAUUAUAUAGAUGGAGUGCUCAUAAUAACUUCAAUUAGUAGACAAACUUAGUAUGUGAAGUACAAUCAAUGGUCCAAUAUAAUGAGCAAUAUAAAAAGAUAUGUUCUUAAGAGAUGUUUUAUCUGUAAAAUUUUCCUAUUAUAUUCAUAAUUAAACUUCUAUAGCACAAAUAUCUUCUAUAUGUGAAAAUUCCUGAUGAUUCUAAGCUAUUAAGAAUGUAUAUAAUUCUUCAUUUAUUCUUAUAUUGACAUGAGGUUAGAAAAUUUGGUUCCUAUAUUUUAAGUAUUGUUUCCUCACAAUGUGAAUUUAUCAUGGUCCU